AACGAGCUACGCCAGUGCCGGUUAUUCACCGCUCCGUUCCGUCCUCGCUUGCAGCAGACUUUCCAUUCAUCGUCGCCUCACCAGUUCGCCUCAACCGAACGCCAGCUUUUCUUUUUGCCUCUCGAACCGAAAACUUGCAGAGUAUUUCUUCAAAAAUGUCGCUUGACGAGAACUUCAAUAAAGCAGCUGAGGAAGUCAAGGAGUUGGCUAGCCAACCGAGUGACAAUGAUUUACUUGAAAUCUAUGCGCUCUUCAAACAAGGCACAGUGGGAGAUUGCAAUACUUCGAGACCGGGAAUGCUCGACUUCAAAGGCAAAGCGAAAUGGGACGCUUGGAAUGCCAAAAAAGGGAUGAGCCAGGAUGAGGCCAAAAAGUUGUACAUUGAAAAAGUUGAAUCGCUCAUCGCUUCGAUCGGCAAAAAAGCUUGAACUACUAUCGUUGAUGACACAAUUUCAGUCGCGUUUAAAGCACAUAUAUAUUUUUACAUUUAUUAUUGUAAUAUUAAACAAAUAUUUGAAUGUACCUUUGCAAACAGAUAAUGUUGGUGUUCAUGUGGAUACUUAGCUCUAAGACCAGUAUGACGUUGCUAGGAAUUGAUCCUCAACCCUUGGUAGUUUUUCUAUUUUAAUCUAUUUUGAUUCAACUAAAGCUACCAGCAGGAAUUUGCACUUUUGUUAAAUUAUUUUGUUACAAAUUAUUUUUUAUCCUUUUUAUCAAUAUUUAACUUAGUAAUAUACUGAAUUGAGUAUUGUUGUUUUUAUAUUUAAAACAAUAAAAUUAUUUUAAAAAAGGAAAAA